CUCGUUUGUUUAUGAUGGGAAUUAUCCACAUUUAUUAAAAUUGUUUGUAGAAUUUUUCUCAAUGUAUAGAAUCUAGUCCGAUUCUAUAAUCAUAAAAGAAAAUGCCUGUUGAUCGAAAAAGUUUAGACAAUUUUCUCAAAAAUUUUGCUGGCGUAGAUUCGCAUGAAAAGGAAGAGCAAAGCUUUGCAAAGAGAAUUUUAACUUACAUUGAGGGACAAAAAUGGGUAGGUAGACCUCUUGUCAUGUCCCCAGCUAUUUGUUCUCAGUAUGGAUGGAUGUGUAAGAAUUCUAAUCUUCUUGAAUGUGAAACUUGUGGUGCCAAACUGUCUGCUCCAGAGCCAAAGAUAGAAUUAUAUGAAGCAUACAAAGCUUGUGUUGAAAAAACAUUAAAGAAUCUGAAAAGCAGUCACAAAGCUCAUUGUCCAUGGCCAAUCACUCCUGCACCAGAAUGCUUUGUAAAAAUGCUUUCAAUGCCAAAAGAAGAAUCUCUAAAACAUUUUUCGAAGCGUCUUAAGUCAAGUCUAGAAUUUCAGUCUCAUUUUCCACAAAUGAAAGAAGGGAUUUUGUCUUUGUUGGGUUUGGAAAAACAACAUGUAGUGGCAUUAUGUAAAUUGGCUGGCAUUGAUGAUGAUGAUGCAAAUGAAUUUGGAGAAUCAGCUGUAUCAUUAGCUUCUACUGGCUGGACUCUGAAAACGCAAGGGAGUGAACAAAAGAUAUUAAUAUCAUGUGAUAACUGUCAGCGCUCAGUAUGGUCAAAAGCGUAUAAUUUAAUUCCCAAUGAUGACAUUCUUCUUUCCCAAGAUAACAAAGAUUUAUCCAUCACUGAGGAUACUCCAUCAAAUAAAAUCAAACGUUUAAAAAAAGAAAAUUUUGAUCCUUUAGAGGAACACAGGCCUUGGUGUUUGUGGAUAGCCACUGAAGAAGAUAGGCGAAAUUUUUCUUGUAAAGAAACUGAUUCUAGUUCUGAAAGCACAGAAGAAAUAAAUAAAAUUCCUGGGUGGAAAAUUUUUAUUAAAUCUUUAUUGGGUAAUGUGGAUGAACCGCAGGAAUCAGAGUUGGAGAAUACUCCAUCAAAAGAACAGAUAAGAAAUGUGAAAGACCUUCUUGAUACUUGGGGUGAUAUUAUAGACUAAUAUCAUGCAAAAUGGAAAAUUUUAUUUUCACUUUUCAGAAAUUUUUAUCAACAUUGGAUCAUUAAUGGAAAUAUUUGCUUCAAAAUGAUUUAAUUUGUUAAUAUUUUCAUUUGUCAAAAUGAAACAAUUUUAUACAAAAUAACUCCUAUCUAAUUAAAUAUAAAAAUCUGAGUUAAAUAUUUCUAAAAUCUGUUAUAGUUAUGUUGGAAAAUAUUUUGUCCUGUGUAGAUCAAAUAAUAUAAUUGUUUUUUGUUUACCUAAAAAACAUUAUUUCAUGAUGUACAUACAUUGCUUUGUCAUUAAUAAUGCAUCAUAUGUAUGUUAAAUUAGCAUCCAUUAUUCUAGAUGUAUUUUAACACCAUCAAUAAUAAUGUAUUAUAAUUUUAAAGAUUUAUUUAUUAUUUUAAUUGUACUUCAUUUUCAGUUAUCUUAUCUUAAAUCAGUUUUCUAUUCUUUUGUGCUUCUUUAUAUAAUUUGUGAAUAUUUAUUAAGUAUUAACAUUUGUCUUUUAUUUAGUAAUAAAUAUUUAUCAUUUAUCUAGAUCAGGAUUUUGAUGCUAACAUUUAUUGCAAUCUCCUGUAGGGAGCAUGAAGUACAAAAAUGUGAAUUACAUUGAUUGUAUAGUUAUACAUAUUUCAAAUAUAAAUAAUAAUGUAAAUCUAAUUAUGUAAUUUUUUUGUUAAAGAAUAAUGAUUUUUUUCUUAAUCCUUAAUUUCAGUAUGAUUUUUAGGGUUGCUGCACUGAACUAUAGCAUACAGUAGUUCCAAAUAAGCAAAUUAAUUAAAAAAAGAUUUUGUAUCUCAUUUUAUGAUUUUUGUUUAUGCUGUUUGUAGUUUGUUUGUCAAUGUUUGCUAAAAAGAGAGAGCUUAACUAAGCAUCUGCAAACUUCUGUGAUAAUUGUUAUAUAUUUAAACUAACAGAAAUUAGAUGUACUGGUUGUAAAUUUGGCAAUGUGCUUAAAGUAAAAUUUCAAGACUAAUAAAAAAAAGGGACCAAAUAUAUUUGAAUUAUUGCCAAAUUUUUAGUAAAAUUAAUUUACAAAAUUUUGUAACUUUCAGUGAUUUGAUUUCUUAAAAUUUUAAAAGCUAUUUGUUUCCUAUU